UAAAUUGCUAACAAUGUUCUCUUCCUCGUCUUCAACAAAGCUCAAAUAAAUUGUAAUAACCUCAUCUGGUGGGCCAGUAACCGCAAAUUGUUCCGGAUCGGCAUUCCAAAAAGAGAAUUCUACAGUUGGAUUGAUCAGAUCAAAUAAUUCAUCAUCAUAUUGAUGUAUUCCAAGCCAAAAAGCAGUAAAGCCACCACAAUCAACCAUCACAAUAUACUUUUCCAGGGCUAUUGAUGUGAAAAAUGCCAGGAUGUUUUAAUUUUCAUAAGCGUUGUUGGGGUCAAGUUCCAACUUUGUGUGAGCCAGAAAAUAUUUCUUGUGGAAUUGUUUGUGAGAAAUACAGCGGUCCACAUGCACAAAUUGCAACUGAACUUCUUGACAGUUUGUUGCCAGGGUCUUCUGGCCGCCUUGAUGACAUUGUAAAUCGUGGUUUGGGUGUUCGGCGAAAGGAAUCGUCCUUGGCUAUUGUACGAAAUCUUCAUAAAACCCGCGACAGAUCUUCAUCUGCUCCAAAUAUUAAUAUUGUUAGAGAUGAACUAAGUUUUGACCAAAUGAGAACACUUCAAGCCAGUUCAAUGCAUUCUGGAUUGUAUAAUUUUAUUAGUAUGCGUUAA